AUGUCAAAAAAGAUUGAUCGCCACAUGUAUCACAGCCUGUACCUGAAAGUGAAGGGUAACGUGUUCAAAAACAAGCGGAUUCUCAUGGAACACAUCCACAAACUGAAGGCAGACAAGGCUCGCAAGAAGCUUCUGGCUGACCAGGCUGAGGCCCGCAGAUCAAAGACCAAGGAGGCUCGCAAGCGCCGUGAAGAGCGGCUCCAGGCCAAGAAGGAGGAAAUCAUCAAGACUCUGUCCAAGGAGGAAGAGAUCAAGAAAUAAAACUCCCUCUCUUUUGUCUGUACAUAGUGGCCUCGGCAAUAAGACAGAUCAGUUAUUCAAUAAAACAAACUUUUAUCUGCCAAAAAAAAAAAAAAAAA